CAAACUCGAUUAAUGCGUAUGCCGAGCUGGCAACCCUCUUUGCCACCAAAUUCUCAAGCAGAAGGUUGAUCAAAAAUACGACACUCGAGCUCAUGCGCAUAACGCAAAGAGAAGGCGAAUCCUUGAAGAACUAUAUGAACAGGUUCAACGACGCCAUGCUGGAGGUCAAUGCCUUCGAUGAAGCAGUGGGAGUAACUGCCGUGAUGCAAGGCCUCAACCAUGAUCGGUUUCGGGAUAACUUAAUCAAGAACACCCCAACCACUUUUGACGAAGUCAACCAGAGAUCCCUCAAGUUCAUUAAAGCUGAAGAGUACGUCCUCUCCAAACCCCAACCCCCCAAAGAAGCUAGAACCCCCACCUGGAGAGACGAAAGCCAGAGCAGGAAGAAGUUCAAACCCACACAGAACCGAGGCCCAAUUUCGGUUCCUAAGCUAGAUAGGCCCGACUCCAGCACCCCGCAAACGCGGCCUACGCCGCCCUCAUGGACCUCCUUCGCAAUUCCGAGGUCGCAAAUUCUCAUGCAAAUCAAGAAUAAGAUGGAGAUGAGGAGACCAAACCCCCUACAAAGCCCAGCGACAAGCAGAGACCACACCAGAUACUGUGACUUUCAUCAAGAUCACGGACAUACCACGGAAGAGUGCAAAAGUUUGAAGUCCGAGCUGGAAAUACACAAACUCAGCACUAAUCCUUUGCGGAAGCCAGUAGCACAGAAGAGACGGCUUUUCGGGGGGGAAAGACUCACGGCCAUUAAGGAAGAAGUUAAGAACCUCUUGCAAGCAGGGUUUAUUAGGAGAGUAGAUUACUGCGAAUGGAUCGCCAACCCUGUCAUGGUAAAAAAGUCAAACGGGAAGUGGCGCAUGUGCAUCGAUUAUACCAACCUCAACGACGCCUGCCCUAAAGACUGUCAUCCCAUGCCGAGCAUAGACAAACUGGUAGAGGCCGCCUUAGGGAAUGAGAGGUUAAGCCUCUUGGAUGCUUACUCGGGGUAUCAUCAAGUCCGCAUGGCACCCGAGGACAAGAAAAUGGUCACAAUCGUGUUUCGGGCUCAAAUUGGCAGGAACCUGGAGGUCUAUGUAGAUGACAUUGUUGUCAAAAGUUCUCGAGCAGAAGACCACUUGACCGACCUGGCCGAGACGUUCAACAACCUUAGAAGGUGCAGCAUGAAGUUGAAUCCAGCAAAGUGCACUUUCGGCGUUGAAUCAGGCAAGUUUCUGGGUUUUAUGGUUUCCAGAAGGGGGAUAGAGGUCAACCCUGAGAAGAUAAAGGCAAUAGAAGAAAUGAGACCGCCGAGGUCAACCAAGGACGUGCAACGCCUGGCAGGGAGAGUAGCAGCACUGUAUAGGUUUAUCUCCAAAUCAGCAGAUAAGUGUUUGCCUUUCUUUAAGGUCUUGAGAACUGCAGCUCAGAAGGAUGAAACGGGAAAACCCCAGAAGUUCAACUGGACGACGGAAUGCCAGGUGGCUUUUGAUGAGCUCAAAGCCUACCUCGGCUCGCUGCCUUUGCUGACCAAGGCUCAGGAAGGUGAAAUCCUUUAUCUCUACCUCGGAAUAUCUGAUACUGCUGUCAGUUCUGUCUUGGUCAGGGAAGUGGGGAAACAACAGCAACCAGUAUACUAUGCCAGUAAGGUGUUGCAGGGGGCUGAGCAGAGCACUGACCUAGAUGCUCCGAGUUGGACAGACCCCAUCCGGGAGUACCUCCUCAAUGGCACCGUCCUGGAGGACAAAUAGGAAGAGAUGAAGUUACGAAGAAAAGCCUCUCGGUAUA